UGAGUUAAUAUGCAGAGACCACAAUGGAAUGAAGGAGCAAAUUAUGGAAAAAAAUAUAGUAGCCAGGAAAGAUCUCGGAAGUUCACAUUUGAGUAAGUGCCUGAAGGAGAUGAAGUGUUCCAGGCACUGGGAACAUCAAGUGAAAAGGCCCUGAGGAUCACUUUGGCCACUAUGUUGGGAACAGACUAGAGGCGGAGGUAGGAUGGGAAGCAAUGUUAGGAGGCAACACUGUCAUUCAGAAGAAGAGAGGAGGUGGUGCCUUGGAUUGCAGUGGAAGCAAUGAAGGUGGUUUGAAAUGGGUCAUAAAUCAGAAACAGUGUGGGAGGACCAGCACUGUCAAAGCUUCAAAAGGUGAUUCAAUGAGAGAAGAAAAUGAAAGGUAUUAUUAAGAAAAGUCUCACGGAAGAAUAUCUAUACCUGGACUUUUCUCACCAAACGGAAGGAUGCAUUUUUCCACUUCAUACAUCUGUAGCUUUAUUUUUGUUAUCAUACUGUGACUGCAAAAUCUUUAAAGUUUGCUUAGUCCUCACUGGAGAAAAUACCGAUGUUUCACUACUGAAGAAUGUACUGUCACAGGACGGGGAAGUACAGAUUAUUCCAAGGCAGGAGCUUCCACCGAUAGUCCAGAACUGCCGUUUACCUGCCGCAGUAGAGAGACCGGACAAUUUCUGUAGAGCAGGUCUUGCUGUUGUCCUGAGACACAUGAUCCAGAAAACAUAUGAAGCAGACCCCUCAAGGAAGGAAAUUCUGGAGCUUCUGGGUUUUAAAAAGACUUGUUUGAAAGCCUGUGCUGAAGUUAGUCAGUGGACCAGGCUAUGUGAACUCACCAUCCCUUUAGCUAUUGAGAAUUUUCUCAGCAAACCUUCCGGCCAGCGCCCACCCAUCCCUGCAGAAAUACUGCAGCUAGAGAAAAAGUUCGGUGAGCCUGUCAGAGUGCACAACGAUGACAAACUCCGGCGACAGAAGCUAAAGCAACAGAAGGCUGCCAGAGCGGGGCCUUCCCUCGCCAAGGACAAACCAAACGGCAGGGUACAUGGACAGGAAACGCCUGACGAGUUGGACCCUUGGGCCGAGAGCCUGGAACUGACGGUGGCAUUCUCAAAGCUCAGGGCGCAGGAAGAGCCAGCGACUGCCAACAGGGAACCGGCUCGCAUCAGAAAAGCAAAGGCCUCUGACCUUCCACCUCUAGAGCAUGUGUUUGCAGAAGGUCUUUAUUUCACCUUGACAGACAUCGUGCUCUUGCCCUGCAUCCAUCAUUUUUUGUUAAUUAUCUGCAAAGAACUUACUGAAAAGCUGGUAGAAUUUCCACUGCUGGCCACUUGGUACCGGAGGAUUCAGGAAGUGCCACGAGUGAGAACAGCAGCUUCUCAGUGUGGGAUCCACUUUUUCCAUUUACCAGAAUUGGUGGCCACCUCAAAUGAACAGCAUCCAAGCUUCAGUGAGGCCCCAGGUGUCGAGGAACAAAAUGAUCCUUCAUUUAUAGGAGGACCAAGACCCACUAUGACCAAGUUAAUGGAAAAAGGCAUUGAAGUGAUGUUUUCUCCUCACCCUUGCCCUACUUGGACCCUUGACUGGGAUAGUCUUCCUGCGGCAGUGAGCCCUAAGGAAGGUAAAAUGUCCAGUGAUCGAGCUUUGAGGAAGCAGCAACAGUUAAACAACCUUGUGUAUGUGGUGACAAGUCAGGCCAAACCCGGGGACAAAAUUGUGGAUUUCUGCAGCGGUGGGGGUCACGUUGGGAUUGUGCUUGCUCACAUGCUGCCAUUGUGCCAGGUUACAUUGAUAGAAAACAAGGAAUUAUCAUUAAUCCGUGCUAAGAAGAGAAGCGAUGAACUAGGUCUAAGCAACAUUUGGUUUAUUCAAGCAAAUAUGGAGUAUUUUACAGGAAUGUUUAAUAUUGGGGUGGCGUUGCAUGCUUGUGGAGUAGCAACAGACAUGGUGAUUGAGCACUGCAUCGAAGCACGGGCUUCCUUUGUCUCCUGUCCCUGCUGUUACGGUUUCAUUCAGAACACCUCCAAGUUUAACUUUCCAAAAAGUGAACAAUUUAAGAAAACUUUAUCAUACAAGGAACACAUGAUUCUGUGCCGAUUUGCAGAUCAGACAGCUGUCCAGCUCCCACCCCAACGAAGGCUCAUAGGAAAACAGUGCAUGUGUCUGGUGGAUCUGGACCGAGCCAGAGCUGCGGAAGAACGUGGCUACUCUGUUCAAGUGAUAUCCAUGGAGCCCGAGAGCUGCUCUCCCAAAAAUAACAUGAUCGUGGGAGUCCCCAUUUAGAAUGAGAUACUCCCAUUGGCUGUUUUGCCAUUUGUCUUCAUGAUGAAAGCCCAGUGGCAUUUAGGAGGUUCUUGGCAAAGUAGGAAACAGCAUUAGCCAUCUUGAACCUAUUGUGCUCAGGAAGGAAAGCAGCAGGGAAAUCUUUGAAGACAGGCUGCCUGCAACGCAU